GCAACGCCGCCGCAUUUCUCCAACCCUCUCACCGCUUCCUCACCACCUCCAAAAGCUCAGCAGGCCAUGGCUGGAUAGACAAGCAUGUCCGCUGAUCGAGCAGCUUAAGCCCUCCAUGCCCUGCGCUCGUGCGUGAUUCGCAUCUAUGACUGCUCAGCAGAGUUUCUUGUUCUGAAAAUUCGGAAUUAGUUCGCGUUCCGAAGGCUCCAGAUCUGAAGUUAGGAAUUGGAGGUUCAGAGAAUUGCAUAUUACUGCUGCAGGGUAUUCGAGGAUUAGUUGGUUCGAUGGAUCGCAAGUUUCUGAAUAUGGUCCUGCACGAGUAUGGCAGUAGAAUGUAUUCCUGUGCCGCAUCAAGCUCUCCACUCAUCUCUUCUAUCCGACAGCAAAAGACGCAACAACAGCCCAUGAAGAUGCAAAUGCAAGGAAGAAGAAGCAUGGGGGAUGGCCAUCAACGAUCUCGAGCUGCAAGCGCCCGCCAAGUACUUUGGUCAACUUCUCGGUGCCACCCAGCACUGCUGCCGCCAGUAACAUGCGUUUCUUCUCCCUCCUGCCUGAGCAGGGAGAGUCCUCUGUCAUGUUCACUGACCCUUCUUGCAACUCCGCAGUCUACGAUAUGGACAUGAAGUCUUUCGUUCUCGCACCCAGCUCAUACUUCUGCAAACCGUAUGAUUCCAUCACCGUGUCCAUUAGGAACCGAUGCAGCAGUGGCAAUUUCUUGGACCACGAAGAUGAUCACGGCCUCUACGUCAUGAACAGCUUGGACGACAGCUUUGAGUUCUUCAAUUACUGCAAGGUUGGCUUAUCUACCUAUCCGUUGCUGUACAAUAAGUGGUACUGGAGUCCUCUGCCGUCUCCACCGUCCCGCACCAGUCCUCUUGUUGCAGCGGCGGUGAUUGACAACUCCACCAUAUGCGCGUCAUCCAAGAACGGCACCUACACCUUUGAUAUUUCGAGGGAGGUGUGGAGCCACACUGGCAGCUGGGUGCUGCCCUUCCACCGCGCAGCAGAGUAUGUCCCUGAGCUUGGACUCUGGUUCGGCCUCCAGGCCCCUGGCACCUGGCAAAAUCGCUUAUGUGCAUUUGACCUUUCAUCCUCUGCCAUGGCGGAAUCUGCUCCUUCACCCCUGCAUGAUUGGGAAUACCUCGAUCUCCUCCCCGACGAGUUGCUGCCGGUGGGGCGUGCCUUGGUGAACCUGGGCUCGGGCAAGUUUUGCAUCGCGACCCACUGCAGGAAGGAUAGGUCUGCACUCCAGGAGGAGGACGAGCUGGAGAAUAUUAGGAGUUUGGGUGGAAAUGGGGGUGUGCAAACUCUCUUGACUGGCGUGGAGGUGGUCCGCUGCGCCGACGGGCUCCAGCUUAUCCACCACAAGUCCCAACGUUACAACAUUGAAAACUUAAGUAUCCACUGUGUGCUUUGACUCGUUUUAUUACCUAUCCGAUCAUCCCAAUCUGAGCCAUGUAGUACUAGUUAGUUAGCUUUACCUAGUGGCUGGAUGCAUCACUCUUUUAUGAUUACCUGUAAGUCGGGACUUACAAAAUAAUACUCCUACUACUUCUUUAUUUAUUGGACUGCAGAUUUUGUUUUA